GCUGCCCAUUCCCCACCCUCCGGGACCUGCAAGGAGGUGGGCUGGUCGCAGAGGGAGGGCCCUGUCCACUGUCUCUUUAAGGAGGAGGGACGAGCACGGCCGAGAGAGCCAGCGUUACCCCGACCUCGUCCGCGCCCUCAUCCCAAAGCAGCUGCAGCCACAGCUCCGACCGCCCCUCGGUUGGCAGAGUCCGCUCGGGCCCCAGGAAGCAAGUCGCCACCAUGGUGAAGAUCGUGACCGUUAAGACCAAGGCGUACCAAGACCAGAAGCCGGGCACCAGCGGGCUGCGGAAGCGAGUGAAGGUGUUUCAGAGCAGCGCCAACUAUGCCGAGAAUUUCAUCCAGAGUAUCAUCUCCACCGUAGAGCCGGCGCACCGGCCGGAGGCCACCCUGGUGGUGGGCGGCGACGGCAGGUUCUACAUGAAGGAGGCCAUCCAGCUCAUCGUCCGCAUCGCCGCCGCCAACGGGAUUGGUCGCUUGGUUAUUGGACAGAAUGGUAUCCUCUCCACCCCUGCUGUGUCCUGCAUCAUUAGAAAGAUCAAAGCCAUUGGUGGGAUCAUUCUGACAGCCAGCCACAACCCAGGAGGGCCCAAUGGAGAUUUUGGAAUCAAAUUCAAUAUUUCCAAUGGCGGUCCUGCCCCAGAAGCAAUAACUGAUAAGAUUUUCCAAAUCAGCAAGACCAUCGAAGAAUAUGCAAUUUGCCCUGACCUGAAAGUAGACCUAGGGGUUCUGGGAAAGCAGCAGUUUGACCUGGAAAACAAGUUCAAACCUUUCACAGUGGAAAUCGUGGAUUCGGUGGAAGCUUAUGCUACGAUGCUGAGAAACAUCUUUGAUUUCAAUGCACUGAGACUACUUUCUGGUCCAAACCGACUAAAGAUCCGAAUAGACGCCAUGCAUGGAGUGGUGGGACCGUAUGUGAAGAAGAUCCUCUGUGAAGAGCUCGGUGCCCCUGCAAACUCGGCAGUUAACUGCGUUCCCCUGGAGGACUUCGGAGGCCACCACCCUGACCCAAACCUCACUUAUGCAGCUGACCUCGUGGAGACCAUGAAGACAGGAGAGCAUGAUUUUGGGGCUGCCUUUGACGGAGAUGGGGAUCGAAACAUGAUUCUGGGCAAGCAUGGGUUCUUCGUGAACCCUUCCGACUCCGUGGCCGUCAUUGCUGCCAACAUCUUCAGCAUUCCAUACUUCCAGCAAACCGGGGUCCGCGGCUUUGCACGCAGCAUGCCCACCAGCGGUGCCCUGGACCGGGUGGCUAAUGCCACAAAGAUCGCUUUGUAUGAGACCCCAACUGGCUGGAAGUUUUUUGGGAAUUUGAUGGAUGCAAGCAAGCUGUCCCUUUGUGGGGAGGAGAGCUUCGGGACUGGUUCUGACCAUAUCCGUGAGAAAGACGGACUCUGGGCUGUCCUGGCUUGGCUAUCCAUCCUAGCCACCCGCAAACAGAGUGUGGAGGACAUUCUCAAAGAUCACUGGCAAAAGUAUGGCCGGAAUUUCUUCACCAGGUAUGAUUACGAGGAGGUAGAAGCCGAGGGUGCGAACAAAAUGAUGAAGGACUUGGAGGCCCUGAUCUCUGACCGCUCCUUCGUGGGGAAACAGUUCUCGGCAGCUGACAAAGUCUACACCGUGGAGAAAAUUGAUAACUUUGAAUACAGUGAUCCGGUGGACGGAAGCAUUUCCAGAAAUCAGGGCUUGCGGCUCAUUUUUGCAGAUGGUUCUCGCAUCAUCUUUCGACUGAGUGGCACCGGGAGUGCAGGAGCCACCGUUCGCCUGUACAUCGACAGCUAUGAGAAGGACAUCGCCAAGAUCUCCCAGGACCCCCAGGUCAUGUUGGCUCCCCUCAUUUCCAUUGCUCUGAAGGUGUCCCAACUCCAGGAAAGGACAGGGCGCACUGCACCCACUGUUAUCACCUAAGAAGACAGGCCACAUGUGGUACGUCCCUCCACCCCAAGACCCCCUGAGACAUCUGAUUGAAGAGCAUGGACAGAAGCAAAGUGUGUUCACCCAGGCAUUUUUAGGACUCAGUUUUUCCACUAACCAAUUGUUGACAAAUGGCACGAUUCCAAGGCACUGCCAAUUAAGAAGCCCGCAGGAGCCAUGUGGGAAAGAGAAAAAAAGGACCCAGGGGCUUACACUCGCGUCAGUUUCUUUUCGUGUCCUUGUGCACUGCUGCCGUGUGGCUGUCUGUCUCCUCAGAACCAGGUCCUGUUUACACUACAGUGUAGGAUGGAGGUUGAGCGUCAGCGAGUGAGGCCAGCUUUCAUCCUUAAAUGAAAUCCUGAAAUGACAGUGCAAGUUCCUUUCUCCUUUGUGAACCUUCUCCCCCAUCUACUGUUUACAUGGAAUCCAGCAAAACGCAGUUUCUGGUGCCUUCUCUCCAGUCAGGUCUUCUGUCAGAGUGAGACGUACUUGUCUACAGAUUUCCGUCUUGUUUUGCAACAUAUUCCCAUUCACAGAUAUUUUGGGAUAUUAAAGCAAAAUAAGCUACCA